CGCAUCACAUGUGUCCGAACCAAGAUCGGCAGGAUCAACACGCAAAAUCCGAGCCAGUGGAUCUCAUCUCCGCAAUUCCAACUGCCCGAAACCUUAACCCUCACAUCGCAACGCUUUCCAUUUCCGGGGUGAUCUCAUAAUUGUGUAGUCCAUGCGAGCCUCGGUUGCAUGUCAUACAGCCAGUUCUUAUAUAGCAACGGCGCGACGGUGGACGUGCAUCCAGUCUCGGUACUUUGUUCAUGCAACACCACUGAAUCAUCAUGUCGCUUCUUUCCCCCGCUGUCGUCCACGAAUGGGCCCAAACCGCUCUGGCCAACCUGCCGCCCCCGGCCCAGCAGGCCCUGCUGCAUCCGCUGGUCCCUAAAGCCAUCGGUGCGGUGCUGGCGCUUACUGCGCUGCGCCAGACCAACCGGGUCCUCAACACUCUGUCGCUCAAUAAUUUGAGCACCCGAACCUGGGACAACGAUCGCGAGCUGGUUCUCGUGACGGGCGGAUGCAGCGGUAUCGGCAAGCAGAUCAUGACCGAGCUGUCCAGCCAGGGCGCCCGGGUCAUUAUCCUGGACAUCCAGGAACCGUCCUUCACACUCCCUCCCAACGUAACCUUCUACAAAGCCGACAUUACCUCCUCCACCGCCCUCCACCCCGUGGCCGAGCAGAUCCGCUCCGAGCACGGCCAUCCUACCGUGCUGGUCAACAACGCCGGUGUGGGCCACGACAAGACCAUCCUAGAUGAACCCGAGGCAAAGAUCCGACAGACGUUCGAGGUCAAUACCAUCUCGCAUUUCAUAACAGUGCGAGAGUUUCUCCCCGCCAUGAUCGAGCGCAACCACGGCCAUGUGGUGACCGUGGCGAGCAUGGCCAGUUUUGUGGCGCUGGGGGAGAUGAUCGAUUACUGUUGUUCAAAGGCGAGUGCGUUGGCGUUCCACGAGGGAUUGGGGCAGGAGUUGAAGUAUUGGUAUAAGGCGACGGGAGUGAAGACUAGUGUGGUUCACCCCUUUUGGGUGCGCACCCCCAUGAUCCAGCAGUUGACGGACGCCGGGAACGAGUUCAAGCAGCCGGUCUUGACGGUCGAGCGGGUGGGAAAUGCCAUUGCAAAGCAGAUCGUAUCUGGCAAAAGUGGGCAGGUCAUCCUGCCGGAGAAAUACUGGGUGGCCAGUCUGGUGCGGGCGUUUCCCACGUGGUUGCAGGAGCGAGUACGGGCGCUGGCGUCGGCGGAUUUGCUGCAUUUGCGGGAGUGGCAGGAGAAGCAGGAGAAGAAAUGAUACCUUGGAUGUAUUUCUAUGUUAGCAUAAUCUAAUGAAUUUUUAAUCACG